AUGGCAAACAUCGUUGAUGCCCACGCUGAUUCUCGCCGAUCUCCUUCCGACGCCGAUGGUGACUUGGUUCAGUCGCCAAUAACCUCGUCGACUCCGAACACGCCGGUUGAUGCCAUUUUCGAUAGCACACAUCGCAAUAACCUCGCGUUCCUUGAGCACGACCCAUAUGCUUAUAAUGAUGAAGACGAAACUACUUUCAACAAGAACAAGCCAAUCCUACUAUCAUCACAAUCCGAGGACAACAAAAGCUUCAUGUCCAGCAAGUCAAUGAAAUCGAUUAGGCGCAAGCUGUCCACUCUGAAGAGAAUCGCUACACGAAGACGGUCAAAGAAGGACCAGGCUUGGACAGGGGCACAACAAAGCCCUGCCACGCCAGAUGUCACGGGAGAAGACUGGCAGCCCAUGACCCAACCAAGUCGUGCAGGGACCUUCUAUCAUGGAGCUGGGAUUUUUCGCCCACCACAGCGAGUCGAGACUUAUCAAGUCUCUGCAAUGGCAAUUUAG